AUGAUUGGUUUACGAGCUUUAUCCUUUAUCGGAAUCGCUUUUCUUCUUGCGUUAGAAGAUAGAACCUCAACGCCCGUUUGCAAUAAUCCCGUUGUAGAAGCAGAUACCUUAAAGGUCAUGAUGGUUGCUGACCUUCUUCUUUUAGGUUCGGAAGAUGGUUACAUUAACCGCUUCUUCAGAGACCAUUACAUGUCCAAAUUCUUUCGGAAAUCUUUUGAACUUUUGAAGCCUGAUUUGCUUAUUGUCUUGGGGGAUGUUUCUGCAAAAGGUUCGAAGUUAACGAAGACCAAAUGGCUGUCGGUACUCCGUCAGUUUUACCAAAUGGUGGGGCCCUUUGUUGAUCUUCCAUUCCACGCAACUCUCGGUGACAGGGAUAUUGGAGAAUGCAGUGAUCUUGAUGUGAAUAAAGUCAAUUGGAUUUCUCGCAAGUUACCGGGAUUGGAUCGUUCUGGCUGUGGUGCAUUUGAGAUUGGUAAUGUCAGUUUUGUUUCUCUGAAUGCCGUGGCCUUGCUUUGUGACAACAGUAGUUUACGUUUUGAUGUUGAAAAGGUAAUAGAGAGCGAAAGUCUAGAACUUCGUGAGGUAACAGAGGCAACAACAAAAACAAGAAACCAUUCCACAGACUCUACAGAUGCAAACUAUAACUUUUUCUGGAGGGAAAGCACCCUGUUAUCUGGAUCAGGCCCUGUCCUAUUGCUGCACUUACCUUUGGACCGAACCAGAAAUGAGCGCUUUGGUGGCACUGAAGGUUUUGAAAGAUCUUCUAGCUCUUUUAUAGAGCGGUCAAAUCUGGUGCCAAAAAACAGGGAACUCGUUGGGACUGGCCUGUACAAUUUACUUCAUACUCUCCCACUGAAUGCUUCUGAGUAUAUUUUACAAGCUCUGAGACCAAGGAUUAUCUUUAGUGCUCACAGGUAUAUGUUUUCCGACCACGUCCAUUUUGAUAAAACUCGGGAGAUUAUUGUUCCGGCAAUGUCUUGGAAUGCAAGAGAUGACCCUGGAUUUGUAAUUGCUACUUUCCAAAAAACAGGGAGAGAUGUGAAUAUAAGCUAUUGUUCUUUGGCCAGAGAAUCUCAUAUUCUUGUAGUAUAUGUCUCUAUAGUAGUUUUGUUUUGUUUGGCAUGUUUAAAAGGAUAG